AUGAAUCUUGAAGGAAUGGAAAUAGUUCUUCAAAAUGAAGAAAAGAAGCAACUUGCAGAGUUCGACAGUCGAUUGUUUGGAUUCUUAAAGUUCAACUCACCAGAAGGGGCUUUAAAGAAAGGUCUACUGGAAAAGGGUAUAAAGCACUUUGAGCAGGUGAUCCGUGAAAAUGCCAAGCAGAACCAAGCCAGUGGUGUAGAGGGAGGAGAGAAGGACAGUGGUGUGGACACCACAAUCUACUGUCAGUUAGGCCACCUUCUACUGCUAUUAGAACAAUACCCAAAAGCACUGUCGGCAUACCAGCGGUUCUAUUAUCUGAAGCCUGAUUACUGGAAGGACUCAUCGUUCCUGUAUGGACUUGGUCUGGUGUACUUCCACUUCAAUGCCUUCCCACUGGCUACGAAGGCUUUCCAGGAAGUGUUGUACAGAGAGCCGGGGUUUAGUAAGGCUAAUGAGGUCCACAUACGCCUGGGAUUGAUGUCCAAAGUCGCUGCCAACUAUGACGCAAGCUUGAAGCACUUUCACCAGGCCCUCAAAGACUCCAACCCCUGUUCCCUUUCCAAAGCACAAAUUCGUCUUCAGAUUGCUCACAUACUUGAAGCUCAGGCAAAAUACAAACAAGCUAAAGAAGCCUAUGAACAGUUUGCUGACCUUGAUAGUUCUGAGGACCCAGUCAAAGCCACAGCACUUAAACAAUUAGGUUGGCUCUUUCAUACUGUUGAUCAGCUUGGUGACAAGAAUACGCGUGAGGGACUUGCUAUCCACUACCUGAAGCAGUCUCUAGAGGCUGACACUACAAACGGACAGACUUGGUACCUCCUUGGAAGGUGUUUCUCAAGUCUUGCCAAAGUCCACGAUGCCUUUGUAUCGUACAGGAACUCCAUUGACAAGUCAGAGGCCAGUGCUGACACCUGGUGCUCAAUAGGAGUACUAUAUCAGCAGCAGAACCAGCCUAUGGAUGCCCUGCAGGCCUACAUAUGUGCUGUGCAGUUAGACAAGUCCCACACUGCGGCAUGGACUGACCUUGGCAUCCUCUACGAGUCCUGUAACCAACCGAUAGAUGCGCUCACAUGCUACCUUAAUGCUACUAGAAACAAAGAAAAUUUCAACUCUAAUUUGGCAACAAAGAUAAAAUUUCUUCAGCAGAACCUUGAUAGCGUUAGAGUGCAGUUGCUUCAAAAUAAGCCUAGAACUCUACCUAGCAUAGAAGAAGCUUGGGCUCUGCCCAUUCCUGCAGAACUCACAUCUCGCCAGGGGGCCACAGUGACCCCACAACAGCAGGGAAAGGCACCAAUGAUGCAUUCCCAACCAAUGGGCCCACAAUCUGGAAUGGUUCCCAACUCUGUGUCUCCAGGGCAACAAGGGUCUUUUGCCGUUACCUCAGGAGGUGCUGAAGAAGGACCCAUCAAAAAGAAAAAAGGGCAAUCACGCAAAAGGCCUGCCACAGAGCCAUUGGACCCCCCUACUCCACCCCCUCCCCAGUAUCUCACCCCACAACAGAUGCAGAUGCUUCACAGACUGCAGCAGAAUCAGUCGUCCUUGGACCCCCAACAGAGGCAGCUCCUCCAAAAUCUGCAGCAUCAAUACUUUCUUCAACAGCAGCAUCAGAUGAAGAUGCAACAGGCUCAGCAGCAUUCCCCAGUGGGUCCUGGGGGCCCUGCACAGGGAGGCAUGGUUGGACCUAGGUUUUCCCCUGGGUCCCGUCCCCCUCACCCAUUCCAGACCUCUCCUGGGGGUGGGACACCUCCCUCACCCAUGGGGUCACAAAACCCUAUGGGAGGGAUGGGUUUACAUCAUGGAAUGCCUCCUAUGCAAGGAGGAAUUAAAAAUGAACAUGGAAACUCAGAGGUAGGAAAUGAGGCAGCUAAAAUGCCACCCCCACUUCCCCCUGGUUUUGACAGGAUGGGACACGGACAAGGGGGAGUUCAUGGACAUGGUCUGGAUAUGCUCAAUGGGAUGCCACUUCGCAGUCCCCAUCCAGCCAUUUCCGGAAGUCUACCUCAGACACAGCAGCAAGGUAACAUUCCAGGCAAUAUAGCACCAACGCCACCACCAUCUCAGGGAUCUGGGCCUCCCAGUUUGUCACCGCUAAUGGUCAACGCCCCACAUACAGCUGGUUUCCAAGGCAGCAACAACAGCCAGCGGCCAAUGGGUUCAAACAACAUGUCAUCAUCACCAUCUUCAGUCUCAUCACUUUCAUCAUCAGAUCAGGGACUGCCAAAAGACCUUCAAAGCUUUGUUAGUGAUCAUUGGAACAAGAAUGAUAUAGCUUUAUUGUCGUCUCGUGCUGACGAUCCUACCUCAAUUGCGGAGGGCCUGCUUGCGCAGUUUUCUUGUGGCUCAAACUCAGACAAUAAAAAAUCUGCUGAGCAGGCCACACCACACACUGCAGGUGGGGAUCCUAGUCGCAUGCCCACACACACAACGCCACAAACAAAGGACGUUAAUUCUGAUAUGUCCAGUGUACAUUCCUCUGUGUCUCAGGGUAAAGCCAAACAGGAGGAAGAGAAUACAACUGGUUCUUUCUCCCAGCGGGAAUACAGCGUCAAGUGUGAUAUAGACUCUAAAAGACCGGGAAUAACUAUCCAAUCGCGCGUCAUCCCAUCUACUUGUAAUCUAAACAUCUCCAUGAAUGGCAAAGAAAUACUCAAAGCCUGCAAGGGACAUGGGAAGAAUGGUAUCACAACAAAUUUAUUAGGAGAUCGAUGUCCACCUCGUCCUCCCUCACCACCAUACCCCCCACUCCCUAAAGAGGCACUCAACCCCCCAACUCCCAGCGUUUAUCUUGAGACCAAAAAGGAUGCUUUUUCCUUAGAACUUCAACAGUACUGUUAUUCACAGCCGGUUGUAGUGAUUCGUGGGCUAGCUGGUGCUCUCAAGUUAGACCUUGGUCUUUUCUCUACAAAAAGUUUGGUGGAGGCUAAUGCUGAUCAUCCUGUUGAAGUCAGAACUCAGAAACAGCAAGCACCGGAUGAAAACUGUGAUAUGUAUGGGAACCGUAUGUGGCGCUGUGACAGUAGUCGGGGCCACACAACUGUUGCCAAGUAUGCUCAGUACCAGGCAGCAUCCUUCCAGGAAUCUCUGAGAGAGGAAAACGAAAAAGUCAAAGGUACACAUAUCCAGAAGGACUCCGACAGUGAUUCCAACUCCUCUUCAGGACCAAAGCCCAAGAAGAGGAAAAUUAUAAAAUUCGGUACAAAUGUUGAUCUUUCGGACGAGAAGAAAUGGAAACCCCAGUUGAUGGAGCUGACCAAGUUACCUGCAUUUGCUCGUGUUAUCUCUGCUUCCAAUAUGAUGAGUCAUGUGGGCCACACUAUAUUAGGCAUGAACACUGUCCAGCUGUACAUGAAGGUCCCAGGUUCACGAACACCAGGCCACCAAGAGAACAAUAACUACUGUUCUAUCAAUGUAAACAUUGGUCCAGGAGACUGUGAGUGGUUUGGAGUGCCAGAGCCUUACUGGGGCAUGAUCUACAAUAUGUGUCAGAAGAACAGUGUGGACUACCUGACAGGGUCCUGGUGGCCAAUGUUGGAGGAUCUAUAUGAGGAAGACAUUCCUGUCUAUAGGUUUAUACAAAAACCUGGUGACCUGGUUUGGGUCAGUGCUGGCACAGUCCACUGGGUGCAAGCUGUGGGCUGGUGUAACAAUAUUGCGUGGAACGUUGGUCCAGUGAACGCCAGACAAUAUAAACUGGCUCUUGAGAGAUACGAAUGGAACAAGCUCCAGAACUACAAAUCCAUUGUACCCAUGGUGCAUCUCACAUGGAACAUAGCACGUAACCUUCACAUCUCCGAACCAAAGUUCUUUGAACUUGUCAAGUCCUGCUUACUGCGGUCUUUACAGCAGAUACGCUUUACCUUGGAUUUUGUGGAAAACCUUGGUUUGGAGGUGAAGUGGCAUGGCCGCUCAGAGUCGGAGGCAGCUCAUUAUUGUAACGAAUGUGAGGUGGAAGUGUUUGAUAUCCUGUUUGUGACGGAACAAGACAAAAAGUUUGUGGUCCACUGUCAGGAUUGUGCUCGCCGUAUCAGCUCUGUUCUGGAGGGAUUUGUUGUAUUAGCGCAAUACAAACUUGACGAGUUGUGCGAUAUUUACGACAAGUUUCAACAUCACACAAAUGUACCAGCAUUAACCAGCUGA